UCGCGUCACAUUUGUCCGACUUUGGCGUCAGUGUAGAGCUGACAUUUAGAUUAGAUAUCUGUUUUCCGUUUCCGCUUGCCAUCUUUGUUUCUUUUACUUGUCAAAAUUGGCUGAUAAGAAGCCUCAAAAUGCAGUUGCACAUCAGAGGACAAUCUACGCACGUUCUAGACGUCAAUGGCGAGGAGUCCAUUGGUCAAAUUAAGGACCGAAUUAGGACCCUUGCUGGUGUAGAAGCUGAGGAGCUAACACUGUCAUUGUGUGGUGCUCCCCUAGAAGAUGCAUGUCUGGUGUCUGAGCUCUCAUCCACAGAACUCGACCUCACAGUGCCACUGCUUGGUGGUAAAGUGCAUGGUUCUUUGGCUCGUGCUGGUAAGGUAAAGGGUCAGACGCCCAAGGUAGAGAAACAACAAAAGAAAAAGAAGAAGACUGGCCGUGCCAAGCGUAGGAUCCAAUACAACAGGAGAUUCGUGAAUGUUGUACAGACCUUCGGCCGUCGUCGCGGACCUAAUUCCAACUCAUAGGUUAUUCUUUGUAAUUAAAAUGCAAAUAUAAGAUCUUGUUUGCAAAGAA